UCAGCUGCCCUUACAAACUCAACAAGUAGACGUUUGCAUCAGCCUUCGUCAGUUGUGGACGUCUUGCUCUCUCCUGAGUAUGUGACAAAUUUCCCCCGCUCUCUAUGGGACGCUUGUCCUCAUCUACUUUGCCCGCCGGGCACAUUUGCAGGAGGAGCUCUUAUCAUCGGCUUAUUUGUAGUCAGCUCCAUUUUUCCUGUCUACGGAUAAUUUUUUAAUGGGAAGCCGGAUACUGAACUUAGAGAGAACUGGACUACACUGUGCAUCACGACAUGGACAGUUUAAGAUUGCAGAGUUUUUGUUGAAACACAACGCAAGCACGUCUGCCACUGACAAAGAUGGGGCAACACCUCUCCAACUGGCAGAAUGGAAGAAUUAUGUUGACAUUAUUACAUUGUUGAAAGAUCACAAAUAUAACACCAGCUUAAUUAAUGGUUGUAAAAUUAUGAGUGAAGUGUAUGUUGACGGAUUCAUGUGGACUCGGGGUUGUCAUCACUACUCCUGUGCUUCAGGCUCUGUGACGACCACUGUCCAGGAGACGUGUUGUGAGGUACUUGGUGAGGUAUAUACCAAUGGGCAGAACUGGAAACAAGGUUGCCACAAUUAUACUUGCAAUUUUGGGAUGCCAGAAUCCAAUGUUGUGCUGGACACAUGUUGUGAAGUGUUUGGUGAGGUGUUUCCUGAUGGACACACACAGAUUAUAAAUUGCCACAACUAUACUUGUAAUUCUGGUUCAUUGGAUAUUGUUAGCAUAGUGGACACGUGUUGUGAGGUAUACUCUAAUAACCACACAUGGACUCAAGGUUGCCAUAACUAUACAUGCAAGUAUGGCUUAUCAGAAGCUGUUGGUGUAUUACACACAUGUUGUGAGGUACUUGGUGAGGUUUACCCUGAUGGACACACUUGGACUCAAAGUUGUCAUAUCUACACCUGCAAAAAGGGUUUCUUGGAGACUCUUGGUGUAUUAGAUUCAUGUUGUGAUGUGCUUAGUGAGAUGUACCCUGACAGUCACACCUGGACUCAAGGCUGUCAUAAGUAUGUGUGUAAAAAUGGCUUAGCAGAAGCAGUAGGUGUAAUUAACACAUGUUGUGAAGUGCUUGGUGAAACUUAUCAUGAUGGACAUGCAUGGAUCAAAGAUUGCCAAAAUUACUCUUGUAACUCUGGUAUAUUUAAGAAUGUAACUCUUACAAAUUGUCAUGACACUGAUAGAAGAGGACACACAAUUAUUUGGGUUAUGUGCACCAUAACAGUCAUCCUCGUUGUUGCACUAGCCAUCAUUGUUCAGAAUGCCUGGAAGACAGCAUCCAUCAUUGACAGCAUUCGGCUUAAAGAUCUUCGUGAAGACCCACUGUUAAAAUAAUUUGUGGGCUAGGUAAGUGACCAGGAGUGGCAGGAAGCAAUACCUUGGGCAGAUGAAGACUACCUUGAUCACAUUCAUGGUUUUGUGUGACACAAUUGCACUACAGUGCUAAUUUAUUUUUUAUUUACUUUGAAGUGACUAGAAGGUAAUAGCAUAAUAUAAUUUCCCAUAGUGGUUUUUAAAAUUAACUUGAGCCAAAGUUGUGUUCCUUUUUAUAUGUAUUAUCAACCAUUUAUUUGGUACUCAAAUAUCUUUCAAUAAAAGAGAAAACACAAUUGCUUGCUUCUUUGGUGAUGUCUUUCAAUAAAACGAAAUAUUUCUUUGGUAAUUUUCCAAUACAAUGGAAAAUAUUUCUUAAAACUUCUUAAUUAUUCUAAAUACUUUUAACUAUAGUAGUUAGUUCUGAUUAAACUUUACUUUGACAAAAAAUAAUGGAUUUUAAAUGGUUUAAGUAAGUGUUUAAGCAGUUUUUGUAAUUUUCAGUGAACAAUGUAAAAAAAAAAAAAAAAAAAAAAAAGGGCACAUUCCAGUUACUAUGCAUUAUUAGUCAGCCACUGUUGGUUAGUGCUACUCAUUGCUUGUGGUCAUUCAGGCAGGCUGUAACAUAAUUAUUAAUUUCUACAUAUUUGACAGGAGGUUGUAACCAUCAGCAAGGAGGAAUAUGCAUAUGCUAAAUGUAAUUCCAGUGCAGAAUUUAUUGUUUUCAUAGGAGUAUCUCCAUGAAGGGACAUCUAACCUGAGUUAGCAAAGAUGAGUCACAAACGAGGGCCACGGGGAAAAUUAUAUAGGUUUCGAUAAGAUUACUUGAAAGCAGUUAUAUAUAUAAUAAUAAAUUUCCAGUUUAUAAGUACAGCUUAAGACAAUGAUGUAGAUUCUGCCAAGAAUAUCAAAUCACUGCUAGACAUGUGAAGCAUUUAUACAAUACAGAAUUCUAGAAAGAUUCCUUGCCUCCUCAAAGUUAAUAGGUUACUAAUUUUUGCUUCUAGAGUACUGAACUGAAUAAUUUUUGACCUUUCGCUUAUGGCACAUGAACCUGCCAGUCGUACUUCCCAGACAUCAGUACUCAUCCACCAGGUAACUAUCAUUUAUGCAGGUUCAGUUUUAUACGAGUACAAUACAUAAUUUUGUUUUAGUUUUGGGAUGUAUGAGUUUACAACUGUACUUUGUAAAUGUGAAUAACUUAGGAAUAUUCAAUAAAAGGAUAUUUUAAGUUUGCAA